CAGAAAUACAAAGAUAAUAUUUGAGCCAGUUCAGCCCUGCAGACACCGAAUUGAGGACACACUGAACCUUAGCUUACAAAAUAGCAGCUCCAAGUGGUGCCACAUGUAGCUGAUUCUGACAUGACACUGUGUCUUUGCAUGGCAGGAUGAUGAAGCACCCUAAAAUUAGCCGUCUUACUAUUUCGUAAAGAGCAAGCAGAAAGGUAGCAGGCUGCACUGAGGAGAACAAAGAGGCACAGGAGAGGACCAGAACUGACUCCCAUGCACAGACAGGUCCCACCACUUCAUGGUUGUCCAGCUUCUUACAGCCAUCCUCGUAACAACGAAGGUUAACUUCUUUCACUGUAUGGACUGCUAGCUGUUUGUGUUCCUGAGGACUGGAAGAAUUCCCUUGCUUCCUUACCUUUAAUCUCACACUCGUGGAUAAUUGUCAUCGCUACUAACUGCCAGCAUUGGGCAGCAACACCUGGAGGAAUUUAAAAAGCAUGCAAGACGACAGUUUAGAAUCCUCAACUUCAAUAUCUCAACUUCUGAGAGAAAGUUAUUUAGCUGAAACUAAACAUCAAGGGAACAGUGAAAGAAGCAGAUCAGAACCAACUUCACAUAACUUCCUUUACGGCAACAGCUCUGGUGAUUCAGAUGAGGUAGCUGCCCAAGAUGACCUUCCAGAUCUCUCUGCCUUUUUGAGUCAAGAAGAGUUAAAUGAAAGUGUAAACCUAGCAAGACAAGCUAUUGAUCAGAAUCCACUGGAAGCUAAACAGGAUGAGCUUCAUCUCCCAGAUCAACUGAAAAACACUGGAAAAAACAGACAAAUGGCCCACUCUACAGCUUUAAAAACGUCAGACAAUGGCCUGCCUGCAAACUUUUGCCAGGACCGUGCCACAGAUAUAAAAGGUUCCAAAGGGAGCCCUCAAGGUCUAAAGAAACACCUUCCUUCUGAAUCAGAAUCAAAGAAGGAAUUCCUAAACAAGGCAGCAGAUUUUAUUGAGGAACUUUCUUCACUUUUCAAAGCUCACAACUCUGAAAGAAUAAGACCCCGAACCUGCAAAAAUUACAGGAGCAAAAUUGAUUCUAAGAGCAAGUCUGCUCAAAAAGCUAGCUCUAGUCUCUCCGGUACAUCAGAAAACAGAGAGAGGCUUUCCAUUCCGCUACCUCUAGACUUGGAAAACAAAUCAGAAGAAACAUUUGAGAAAAUAGAUGAUCAACUAGCAGAAAACUUGGAAUCUAUCAACCAACUGACAAGUGCGGAACUAAAAACAGAGUUAGAAUCUGCAUAUUCUGAUGAGCCUAUUGGACAGCCACCACGCUUCACUCAAAAACUGAAGAGCAGGGAAGUUCCUGAAGGAACCAAAGUGCAAUUGGACUGCAUUGUAGUAGGAAUCCCCACACCUGAAGUCAGGUGGUACUGUGAAGGCAAGGAGCUUGAAAAUUCACCAGACAUUCAAAUUAUCCAGACAGGUGAUCGACACUCACUGGUAAUUGUUGAAGCUUUUGAGGAGGAUACAGGACGUUACUCGUGCUUUGCUUCAAAUAUCUAUGGAACAGACUCCACAUCUGCAGAGAUUUACAUAGAAGGAGCCUCUUCUUCUGACUCUGAAGGUGAAACCGUCAGAGACGAAAUGGAUCACAACCUAAAGCCAGCUGACACCUCCAUGAAGGUAGCACCUCCUGCUACCAGAGCUGCAACCAAGCCUCUAGAAACUUCCAAGGCAUCAUCUACUGUGGUCCAGCCUUUGUCAGCACCUGUCCAGACUGUGUCUAUGCCAGUUAAUCAGGCUGAAAGCCCCACAAACUAUUUGCAAGGAUUGGAUGGAAGACCUAUAGUUGCUGCUCCUGUGUUUACAAAGAUGUUACAGGAUAUUUCAGCUUCUGAGGGGCAGCUUGUAGUCUUUGAAUGCCGGGUGAAAGGAGCGCCUUCCCCAAAGGUUGAAUGGUAUCGAGAAGGAACACUGAUAGAAGAUUCUCCAGAUUUUCGGAUAUUACAGAAAAAACCACGAUCUAUGGCUGAACCAGAGGAAAUUUGUACUCUGGUUAUUGCUGAAGUAUUUUCAGAAGAUUCUGGCAGCUUCACCUGUACUGCAAGCAAUAAGUAUGGCACAGUAUCUAGUAUAGCUCAGCUAACUGUCAAAGCACCUGAAGACAGUAAUAAUGCUGCUGCCCUUCACACAAUGAGCUCAAUCAACUCAAUAGCUGUUGAAAAUCAAUCGCCCCCACAUAAUCCUUCCCAGCGUGUAGUAAAUGAAAACCCCAAACCUAAACUUGAAGGUGUUCUUGUGAACCACAAUGAACCCAGAUCGAGUUCCAAGAUAGGCCUCCGUGUGCACUUCAAGCUGCCUGAAGAUGAUAAAGGAAGUGAAUCGCCACCAGAAGAUGGACUUGGCACUACAAACAAAACCAGACCCAGCUAUUUUCAUGACAAGAUAAACGGACAGCCAGUGAAAAUACCAGAGCCAACAUCACCAUCCAAGGAACCCCCUCCAGUACUGGCUAAACCAAAGCUCGAUCUGACCCAGUUAAAACAGCUUCACAACCAGGUCUUGCUUGAGCAACAGCAAGUGCAUCAGACAUCUACGAGAGAUUUGUCAUUCAACACGACUUCAUUGAAUUCUGCUACUUCACUCAAUCAACAGUCCACCUCAACCACAUACAAGCAAAGCAAAGCCUCUGUUUCACAAGCGUUCAGCUAUACCCGACCUAAGCAGUUUCUACCAUCGCAGACCACACCACCUAUCAUUUCCUCUUCUAGCUCCUCAGUAACAAUAUUCAGCAGCGUCUCUCAAGGAAUGCAAAGAACAAAUAGCAGGGAAAAUAUCACAGGAAAUCCUCCACCUGCACAAUCGAGGUCAUCAGGAGGAUUUACAGGCAAAAGUGAACAGUCUUCACCAAGCCCUAAAGAAUCUACGGUCCCAUUAACACUGUCUACAUCCAGUGUAAAACAGUUUCAGCCACAAAGCGUGACUCCUGCUCCUGUCUCCCCAACUGGCUGGAUUCAGAAUCCAGUAGCUUUCCUUAGCGCUGUGCUUCCUUCACUUCCUUCUCCACCAUCAACCAAUGCUAUGGGGCUGCCCAGAAGCACACCAGUCACGUUCAGUGAAGAGCUUCCUGAAAUGCGGGUCAUUCAUAAAAUAGACUCAACUCAGGGAGUAACAAAGAAAAAUCCAAAGCCUUUGCAGUUACCAACAGAUGAAUCUAUUCGGGAAAAUAAAGCUGCACUUGUGAAGGACCUGGAAAGAAAACUACAUUUCAGAGAUGAUACUAAUCAACAAAGUAGCCAGCAGGAAUACAGGAUUUCAAGUUUUGAGCAGAGGCUGAUGAAUGAAAUAGAAUUUCGCCUUGAACGUACCCCUGUGGAUGAAUCAGAUGAUGAAAUUCAGCAUGAGGAAAUCCCUACAGGCAAAUACAUAGCACCCAUCUUUGACAAGAGACUCAAGCAUUUCCGGGUCACGGAAGGAUCUCCUGUCACAUUCACUUGCAAAAUUGUUGGGAUACCUGUUCCCAAGAUAUACUGGUUCAAGGAUGGCAAGCAGAUUUCAAAGAAAAACACGCAUUUCAAAAUGAGCAGAGAAGAAGAUGGAACAUGUUCUUUACAUAUUGAAGCCUCUACUAAUGAUGACGAUGGCAACUAUACUAUUAUGGCUGCAAACCCACAAGGAAGAGUAAGUUGUUCAGGCCACUUGAUGGUUCAGAGUAUCCCUGUUCGGGGCCGACUAUCAACACUUCAGCCUCACAGAGCACGCUCCCGGGUGCCAGAAGGAGGAGACAAAGAAGCAGUUCAAGAACGCUUUUUCAGGCCCUACUUUCUACAGGCUCCAGGUGACAUGGUAGCACAUGAAGGGCGACUUUGCAGGCUGGAUUGUAAGGUGAGUGGAUUACCAACGCCAGACCUGACGUGGCUUCUGAAUGGCAAACCUGUGUUACCAGACGGUACCCACAAGAUGCUGGUCAGAGAGACUGGAGUUCACUCUUUGCUUAUUGAUCCUCUCUCACAAAAUGAUGCUGGAACUUAUACUUGCCUUGCCACUAAUAAAACAGGACAAAAUUCAUUUAGUCUGGAGCUGACUGUUGUAGCGAAGGAAGUAAAAAAAGCUCCCAUGUUUUUGGAGAAGCUUCAGAACUGUGGUGUUCCUGAAGGGUACCCAGUCAGAUUAGAGUGCAGGGUUGUGGGAAUGCCACCUCCUGUGUUUUACUGGAAGAAGGAUAAUGAAACCAUCCCAUCAAACAGAGAGAGAAUGAGCAUGCACCAAGAUACAACAGGGUAUGUCUGCCUUCUGAUUCAGCCUGCCAGGAAAGCAGAUGCUGGCUGGUAUACCUUGUCUGCAAAAAACGAAGCUGGUAUUGUCUCUUGUACUGCUAGACUUGACAUAUAUGCUCAGUGGCAUCAUCAAAUUCCACAACAAAUAAAGCUUCGACCUGGGAGUAGCCGGUAUGCAAACCUUACUGGCCAAGGACUCGACAUGUAUUCUGGCUUCCCAGCUACUGAAAGCCCUGUGUUGUUUUCAUCCCCAACUCAAAAGAUGGUGGAAAGCGAUGAACUUUGAAACGGACAAAUGAACAGUGGUUCCAGUUACACUUGCAAAAAUACUAGAACUGAAAAAAAUAAAGAGGUACAAGUCAAGAUGCUCAAGGUUUACAAGCAACCUUUUUGUAAUUAAGUGUACUGCUGCUGCAGAUUUUGCAAGUAACAUAUACAAGACUUCUGCAUAGUAUUUUUCUGCAGGAUAAUUGUGGUAUGGAGUGUUGUGCAAUAAAGUCAGUACUGUGUAGUUUGCUAAGAAUUACAUAGUAAACAUAGUUUUCAGCACUUAAAAGCCAAUACCACUUCUACUGCUAGAAUUAAAGCUACCCUCCUGUAGCAAGCUACAUUAAGGAUUGAUGAUGUUUUGCUGGAAUACUGCCCAGUGAAAACACUGAUAUUACAAUAACAAUAAUCCUGAAUGAGGGUAAACAACAUGACUUUGAAUGUAAUUCUAAAACUAAAAAAAAAAAAGCCAGAUAAUCACAAAGCACAAGUACAAGGAAAAAGAUGUAACUCAUUUUUAUAUAUGAUUAAGCCAGAUAAUCUUAUAAUUGCUGAACUCAAGUCUAGAUAAGUAUAGAAUUCCAUGUAGGUACAGCUGUAUACCUUAUAUAUUUAUAUUUGUGUGCGUGUGUAUACUCCAUGAACCGUGUACUCAUGGCAUAAUGAUCAUAAAGUAAGGUAUAGGACAUGUGCCCAGGGCUCUAACAUAGGACACUAAUCUUCCUGUAGUCUGAAGCGUGUUCUGUAGAACUCGUAGCUGAAACUAUUUUCCAGAUGUGCUUUGUAUUUUAUUUUAUUUUUUCCUUACACUGGUAGCAAUUCUCUGCUUUUGAACAUAAACUCAUACCAAGCUUGUAACUUCAGAGUUUUCAAAUAUCAGUCUCUUUCUUCCCAUUUUUAAUGUGACUGAAAGAAAAGUAUCUACCAUAUACCUCAUUUUUUCCUCUAACUGAAAAGGAAUUAUGAUCUGCUGGAAAUCAGCAAUUUCAUCAAUAUUUAGGAAACAAUGACAAGUAUGGCGUCUACUAUUAAGACAGAAAAUUUCAUUAAUAGACAAAAAUCUAUGGACUUAAAUUCUACUAUAAAUAAUAGGAGUAUAUAAGAAUCUAAUGAAGAUGCAACAGAAGGUGUUAAGAACACUUAAUUGAUUUAAAUACAUUUAGCAUCUGCACAGUUGUACAGCAUUUAGAAUCUGUGACUAUCUAAGAUUAUUUCUUUCCUCUUUAAGUUACUGUUAUCCCUCUUCUUUGGACAAGUAAAAUUAAAAGAUGAAAAAUGAAAAGAAAAAUUAACAGAUACUAUCGGGUUAGAUCCUAUUUGGACUUCUUGCAAAGUUAAAAGUGUAACUUAACUUACAAAUGCAAAGAAAACAAUGAUGAAUUAUCUUAAGAGCAGAAGGAUACUGGAUAUGGACAGAGACUUGAGAAAGCGAAAGCCUUUCAUUCCUGAUUUCCUACAAAAGCAACUUAAUGAUAUCACUGACUCUUGGUUCCCUAAAGAUUCAUGGGAAGUGAAUAUAUUGUACUAUUCCAUUUCCUAUGUGAGUACCAUAACGCACAUCACAAAACCACCAUAAUAUAAACUCACCAUUAUAACUUCCCUGCUUUUGUUAGAAAUCUCAGGUAUGAUUCACCCCAGACUGAGCAGAUCAGGAAGCUAAAACAUAUUCUUAUCCUGAUAGACAAUACCAGAAACAGUUACUUCAGUGAGAAAGCAGAAAUGCCAGUUGUUGCUGAUGUUGUAUCUCCUUUCCAGCAGGUAAGAUACAACUAAUUGGUAUGAAAAGCAGUAUGUUAACUCAAGUGGAUUUCAGUUACGAGAUGCUCAGUGUAAGACAAACUGUGGGCCUCUGGAAUAGAGAAACCCUUAUUCCUCUAAUCUUCACUUGUUUUCAGGAUGGCUCAGUAAGUCAAAGUUGGUUUAAAAAAAAAUAGUAAAAUAAUAAUUAAAAAAUUCCCAUGUUUGUAAAUACUCUUGAGAAAAUAAUCCAAAGAAAGUUUUGGAUUUUAUUUAAUUCAGUGCUGUUGGGAAGGAUGAGAGGAAAUUAAGACAUGAAAGAUCUAAUUCCAGUCUUUUCAUUACUUCAUGUCAGAACUGAAAACUGGAUUUUGACCCAAAGUAUUCAAAAUUGGCUAUCAUUCCUCAGACUUUGUUAGUCAAGCUCUUUUCCUCUUUAGAAUACAACAGUGGGCCCCUUACCUAGCUUUAAGGGGUUGGAUGACUUCCUGAGGUUCCUUCCAACCUGAGUCAUCCUAUAAUGUCCUACAUUAUUUUACUUUCCUCUGCCUGUCUGAAUGUCCUAUAUGGAUAAAGUUUCCUAUUGACUGAGUAGAAACUAAGAAAUCAAGCAGGCACAAGCUUCUCCUUUGGGCUGUGAUAUAUCCCACUACGCAAUUCUAGCAAGAAGGGUAAGCAUGCUAUCUGAUAUUUUUUACAUAGUUUAAAAUAACAGUACCUAUUAUUUGCAAAUACUUGGUUACUAGUUCUAGAAUCAUACCUCUGAAUAUUACUGACAUUAGUAGUGAUUCUCACAUUGCAGACAUCAUGUCCAAAAAGUUGGCACAAAUCAAAAGACAGAGAGCACAGAUAAAAUCUCUCUUGACUUACAUAAUUAUAUAAUUUGAGCAGACAAGCUGAAGGAUAAGUGCUACAUUUUUUUAAAACGUACUUUUUGUUCUUGUUGUUGAGGCAGACAAAAGCUACUGCUUUUCCCAGAAAUCUGUAUAAGAAGGAUUAAUUCUAAGUCAUUAAAUAAGAGGACCCUGCAGAUUCACGUUAAACUAGGCUACAGAGCGCAUCACCAAAAUCUGUCACCUGAACUAUAAAUAUUCUCUCUUUGACAGUAUUUAUUUGCAGAAGGAUCGAAUUUUUAUCCAUCACACUUCCCUACAUAAUGUGUAAGUCAGAGAAAUUACUUUCAGUGUAUCUGACAUAAACAAAAUCAGAAUCUGAUCCCAAGUAAAUAGUCUGUAGUCAUUAACUUUUGCUUUUUAAUUGCUACAGAACAUUUGUCCUUUGCAUAUUCUGAGCCUAGAGAAUGAGUGUGUAAACAGAGCUUAGUGAAUGGAUGUAAAUGCUGUUAAUUAGCAGUACUAAUGUGCUCAUCAUUAAGAAGAUGCAAAAGUGAUGCUUAUAUUGUUGACUGAUGGAAAAGCCAACGGGAAAAAUUGCUUGUGUAAGCAGUAGAGACAACACUGAGUUGUCACAAAACUUGAUGUUGUUAGAGUUCAUGUGCCAUGAGGGUAUCAUACUGUGUCAAGAGGCACUACACGCUAUGCAGUUGUGCUCUCUUCCUGAACAGCUUGACUUGUCAUUGUUUUUGUUCAAUUGAAUAGCUGAUUUGAUUUCACACUAACAUGAUAUUUCAUUCUCUUAUUUAGGACAGGCUCCUGCAACAAUAAAAAUCAAUGUUAGAGCAUUUACUGGAAUCAGUGUUAGCUAUUAUCUUCCAAAAGUCCAUUAAAUCACAACAGUGUGAAACAUAACAUUGUAUCAAUGAGAUACAGAAAUAUUCAUUUUUGUAAAUUCUCAGUAGCAGAUCAUUUUUCUGAUUCAGAUGCUUGUAGGUUUACUUACUUUCUUAUUCCCUUCCAGUCCUGUUUUUGUAUGUGACCAGAUGCACAAUACAUUUCAAAGAAUGGCAGAAAUAACUUCUUUUCUGUAAUUCUAAAAAGCAGAAGUAUUAUCUUUGCUUUAACAUUUUUGGCCCACCUUGGUGCAGACACAGUCCUCAGCAGCUUCAUGUAACAGUCUGCAUUAAUACCAAUAGACUUCUCGCCUUAAAACAGCUAGACUGAGAUAAUUUGUUUGCAUGCAGCCAAUGGAACAUACCUACUGAAUGAUUCCCGUACACUGGUGUGAAGAGGAGAGCACACAAUCUAAAUUAUAAAAAUCACGCCUGCAGCCUCUUUCAUAAUGUCUAAGCAGUUGCCAAUUGCAACUGUUGACAGUAACAGAUAUUGCAAAGAAACAAAUCUGAAAUCGGAGUUAUUAAAAGAACUGUGCUCUUACUGCUACAAGGUUAAAAAAAUACAUUCAUUUCAAGACAAUGUCUUCAUACAAAAUUAUUUGUAAGACCUAAUUAAUUUUUUAAUUGUUAAAUAUUGAAUGAGUGAUUCACUGUUAGUUGCCUUACUAUUUCUAAUACAAAUAUGUUUACUUUGAGCCUCAAAAUUCUACUUUAUAUUUUUUUCUUGAUUAAAGUUGAUAAUUUUUAUUUUUUGAUCCAAAGUCAUUCUCUAUGGAAAAAUAGUGCUAACAUCAGUUUUAAAGUACAUUAAGUGCAUACAAAAGGAAGAAACAAAUGCCCAAAUGUUCAGGAAUGUAUCUCUUUUCAUUUCACCUUAAAUAAAUGCUUCAGAGUUGCAUACAAGAGUGUGUCCUUGAUGUGUUCAAGCAAUUGCAAGUGUGGAGCAAAACCAGAGGUUUCUACAGAACUCAGCUGUGACAGGUAAUGAAAUUAAUGCAUUUAGGCUUACAUUAUUUGGAAGAAAAUCAUAAAGUACUGUCAAGUCAGGGAUAUGGUAGAUAUGAUGCUAGCACAUAGCUGUGACAUACAGUUGCUCUUUUUUCUAAACAGUUUGCUCUUGUUUUAAGUUACACUUUCUUCAUCCAAUAAAUUCUCAAUCAAAUUUUAAAAGAGCAAGUUUUCUCAGUGGAACCAGAGCAGGUUUAGGACAAUCUGAAUGUUCAAAACAUCUGUAGGGUUGUCAGAUUAUCAGCAUCUUGUACAAUUCAUCCCCAACACCCGUAUUUGGGCAUAUCCUUCUAUUUUACAGACUGGCAGAGAUGAACUCCAUUGUGUCUCAUAAAUUGUUGUACCAUGUUGCUUCACGUUCAGCCAGCACCCACACAACACCCACAGAAAUGCCCAGUUAUUGGAUCUAGGACCAAAGCUCCUCUGUGUGUAAGUAGGGCACUGGAGAGUGUUACAGAAGACUUAUUAUUUCAGCCUUUAGCUCUGUAUCCAGUUCUUCAAUAAGUGAAAAUUGAAUGAAGCUGCAGAAGCAAAACUAAUGCUACAAAGAAGAUGGAUUUUAUAGCCUUGA